CUUUUCCAACGUGCCCCAUGCUUGCCCUGUGCCGGCUGCCAUCGGGAGUGGAAGUGCCACACCCCAGGCCGUGCAGGGAGAAGCCGCUGAGGGCAAUGCUGGGCUGCAGCCUCCUGGCAGUGGCGCUGCCAGGUGUUCGCCAGUGCCGAACUGCCUCCCGGGCCUCUCGCGCGCAUGCCGUGCAGCGGCCGUAGGAGCAGGUGGAUCUUGAAGCACAAAUGGGCAUCUUCAUCGCUGGCUCCAAGGAACUUGGUGACGGUGAUCCGCAGCCAGGCAAGAACCGGAGACCGACUCAGGGUUCUGCCCAGUGCUACCAUGGGCGCAGACCACAGCGGCGGUGCGCAGGCGCCCUGCAUCUUUGUCCACGCAGGCGCGCAGGACCGGUCCUGGCUGGGGUUCGGGGGCUCCUUCAGCGAGGCCGCCGCGGAGACUCUGAAGCGCCUCAGCCGGCGAUCCCGGGACGAGGUUCUCUCAGCCUAUUUUCACCCCAGUGGCCUGCGCUACAACCUGGGACGUGUGCCGAUCGGCUCCUGCGACUUCUCCCUUUACAACUGGACAUGCGGAGACUUGCCAGAAGGAGAUAUGGACCUGAAAGGCUUUAGCUUGAAGCGCUACGAGGAGGCGAUCCUGCCCAUGCUCCGCGGUGCCGCACGGGCACGCAAGGCCCCUCUGACGCUGCUGGCCAGCCCCUGGAGCCCGCCCCCCUGGAUGAAGACGCGGCCCACCUUCAAUGGGGAAGGUCAUUUGCGGCCAGAGUGCCGGGAGGCCUGGGCGCGGCAUUUCGUCCGCUUCGUGGAGGAGAUGGAAAAAGCCGGCGUGCCCAUCUGGGGAGUCUCGGUGCAAAACGAGCCGGAAGCUGCGCAGUGCUGGGAGUCAUGCAUUUACAGCGCGGAAGAGGAGUUAAUCUUCGUCAGGGAUCACCUCGGUCCAGCCCUCCGCAGGCACCACGAGGAUGUGAAGAUACUGGUCUGGGACCACAACCGCGAUGGGAUGCUGGAAAGAGCUUCUGUCAUCUACGACGAUUCCAUCGCGGCAGAUCUGGUUUGGGGUGUUGCAUAUCAUUGGUAUGGUGACCCACGCUUCGAAACCUGGCCGCCGCGCACAGAGGUGCCCUUUGCGGACCGCCAGCAAGGAGGCACGGUGCCAGAGCUCCGAGGCUGCGCAGGCUUCGAGAACGUGAGGCAGCUGGCCGACUUACGGCCAGACAAGCACAUCCUCUUCACCGAAGGUUGCCAAGAGCUGGGUGGCCGCCCCCUGUCAUCUGUCAUGGGAGACUGGAAGUUAGGAGAGCGCUACUCCAUGAAUAUCAUUGCCGAUGUCAAUGCUGGAUGUGAGGGUUGGAUCGAUUGGAACUUGUGCUUGGACGAGGAAGGCGGUCCAAACCACGUGGGCAACACCUGCGUGGCACCGGUGAUCUGCGACACGCGGACGGACAAGGUGCUCUACCAGCCUUCCUUCUGGCAUCUGGGGCACUUCUCCCGCUACAUCAGGCCUGGAGCGCGGCGUGUGCUAUGCAGCACAACAAGGGACGCGCUGGAGGUCACGGCCUUUGCCAACCCCGACGGCGGUCUCGUGGUGGUGGUGCUGAACCAAAGCGAGGAGAGCAUUGGCUUCUGGUUGAAGGUGCGCCAUUCAGGUGAGACCAGGGCAGUGGUGUUGGAGUCUCCCAGGCGGUCCAUUCAGACGUUGCUUGUGGAGGAUGGCAAGAAGGAGGGGUGGUUCAGCAAGCUGGCUAGAACACUGCCGUCCACUAUCCAGCUGGGUUUAUCGAACGCGUGGUAUGCUGUAGCGCCAAAGCAGCCUUACCAGCGAUUACCAUAGCUCAUCGAUCGGCCAUAUAC